GACAAGUUUGAUCAAAGUUUCACGUUCCAACAGAGAUCACCAACGUUACUUUUGGAUCCCCCUGAUCCACUUACGUGCGUUUCAGUAUACAAUAGUUCUAUGCGCUGGCAACACUGCGUGACUGGCUCAGAUCAUGAUGAUCUAUGACACAGCACUAACACGUUCUAGGAUGAUCUGGACCCAACAACCAACGGGAAAUAAACUCCGUGUAUUUGAGACCUGGGUUUGCCGCAUACACAGCACUCGGUCAACGAAUGAUGGCAUCUGUGAAAGAAUGUUGGCCCAGGUUUGGUAUAUAAUACUACGCCUGGCAUGCUCAACACUCCUCUACGGCUGCAUAUUGCCUCAUCGUGAUGGAUGUCGUUCAAGCACACCAAAUGUUGAUGACCCGCUACGCCGUUCUGGUGCCAAACAUUAUCCUGAUAUACGACCAUAUGGCGACUCUCACAGAAGAGAUUGUUUUUAUUUGGUGUCGUCCGAAGGCGUUAUCUUCAGUAUUGUUUCUGCUCAAUCGCUAUGUCGCUGUGCUGGGAAAUAUCUAUGUAUUCAUUAAUUAUUUACUACCUGCCUCAGUUAAACUUAGCUGUUCGACAUAUAAACUAUCAAGACAGGUACUUGCUUCUUUACAAGUAUUUAUCGUUUGCUUCAUAUUGGCUCUUCGCACUUAUGCUCUCUACGACCGUAGCAGAUGCUUGCUUGCUUUGUUGGUAAUUAUCAUCCUUGCCUUUGUGGGAGGAGCUUCUACAGGAGCAUUUGGUCAUCAUUCAAGCACUGUUACCAACUUGCCAGAAGGAGGCUGCUAUCGAAUAUAUGCAGCAGAGAAAAUCAUUCGUCUUGCAUGGAUGAUCCAACCUGUUUAUGAAUUGCUCAUCUUUGUCCUCACGGUGACUAGGGCUUUAAAAACCAGAGGAUUACUGCGGUUAUCUCUGACAAAGUCCAGAAGAAAUAUCAUUGCUGUCAUGUUUCAGGACGGUGUUAUGUUUUUCGGGGUGAUGACACUGUUCGAAAUACCGAACAUCCUGACGUACUACCAUGGUUCAGAUAUCCUCAGGGGCUCUCUGCGCACAUUUACUGACUGCAUGUCCGUUACUCUAAUCUCGCGGUUGAUGCUUAACCUGCAUAAAUCGGUCGAUUCUGGCAUUCUCUCUGCCCCCACCCGGGACGAUGACGAUGGCCUCCUUGUCCUCACCACUGGACUCGACGUACAGUCCACUAAUUCCUCUCACUAUUGGUAGACUUGGUUGGACGUCAAAACUGAUAUAUUCUUGUUGGAAAUGCAAAGCUGGUUUUAAUACUUUUUCACUCCUUUACGUCCUUUUUUGAUGA